ACUGAAUAUUUACACAAAAUCGAUAAAAUCUCAAUAAUAACAUCCUCAUUUUGCUCUUCAGUUAACAGCUCGCUGCGUGCCACGAUGGAACGAAACUGGAAUCUCGAGGGAGAAUUUAUGCGAAACCCGGAUUUGCGGCUCGAGGAUGUUCGUGAGAUACAAGAAUGGAUUCAAACGCAGCCUCAUCUCCCUUACGUCUCGGAAUUUGAAAUUGUUUUGUUCCUGCAUUCGAAUUAUUACGAAAUAGAAGCCACAAAGUCGACAAUUGAGCAUUAUUUUACGUGCCGGGCGAAUUACAAGGAAAUGUUUUCGAAUACAGAUUUAAAUUCGAAAGGAUUGUUGCAAGCACAUGAAACAGUGACGUUGACAGUUUUGCCGAAUCCGACGCCAGAAGGAUACAGAAUUAUUUUUGGAAGGCUGAAUAAUACGGAUCCGUCGAAGUUUCAUCUGGCGAGUGUCGUUAAAUUAUUCCUCCUCUUCGUCGACGCUCUCCUGCUGGAAGAAGGCACCAUCGAAGGUCUCGUGCUCGCAUUUGACAUGACAGGCGCCCAAUUAGGUCACGUUUUCAAACUCGGGCUCUUCACCGUCAAACAUGGCUUGCAUUACAUCCAAGAAGGAUUUCCAAUUCGCAUGCGACAAAUUCACUUUUUCAACUUGGUGCCGUUUAUCGACAAAAUUCUCGCCAUUGUGAGGCCUUUCAUGAAACAAAGUCUGUGGGAAAUUUUAUAUUUGGAUCCCACGAUUGAAAAUACUUACGAAUGUAUACCGCCGGAUGUGUUUCCAACCGACUAUCCAGGAGGCACAGCUUUAUCGGUGCGAGAAUUGCACGAAAUUAGUUACAAAAAUCUCUUCAAAUACCAAAAUUAUUUCUUCGAGGCGGAACGAAACAAAAUCGCAAACGAGUCAUUGCGAGAUAACAAAAGAAAAUGGUGGUUCUAAAAACGGCUAUUUGACAGCGGUGACGGAUUAAAAUAAGACUUUUUAGCCAGUAUUCAAAUUUUUUGACUUGAGAAAGUCAAAAACUAUCGAUAGAAAUUAUUUUUAAGGGAAUGAACUGAUUUUAGAAUAGAUUUUUUAAAAAAUAAAUUGGGACUGCCUAUUUUACUUAUUUACUUAUCAAUAGACUUUUAUUUGUCU